GCGGGCACGGGAUUUGAAAUGGGGAGGGGGGUGGGAAGAAAGAAAAUCAUGGACGCCACGGAGAGGCGGCCGCUGACGAGGAGUAACAUCGUGAUCAGCAACGAAGUGUCGGCUGGCGGGAGCCGUCCGUCAGGGCACGUCGUGGUCUCCAACCCCGACUUCUUCGUGGAGAAACUUCGCCACGAGUGGCCGGAGCGCUUCCAGGAGAUGGUGGUGAGCGGCGUGACGCGGCACGUGGACCUGCCGGGCACGGAGCUGGCGCAGCUCAUGGGGGACAUGGAUCCCCGGCUGCCCGGGAGCACGGCCACCGCGUUCCUGCGCUCGCUGCCCUUCCUGCGGAAGAAAGCAGUGGAAAAGGGAGCGGUGUUUGGCGCUCCGCUGACGGAGGAGGGCAUCGCCAGGAUCUAUCAGCUGAUUGAAUACCUCCAUAAGAACCUCCACGUGGAGGGCUUGUUCCGUGUGUCCGGCAGCAGCCUGAGGCAGCAGGCGCUGCGGGACUUGCUGAACUCGGGCCGCGAGGUGGACCUGGACAACGCCAUGUUCCACCCACAAGACGUGGCCUCUGUGCUCAAGGCCUUCCUGGGAGAGCUUCCUGAGCCGCUUCUCACUCACCGCCACUACAACGCACACCUCAAGAUCAACGAGCUGACGCUGUUUGACACGACGGGCAACAAGACUUCCGUGGUAGACAAGGAGAGGCAGCUGGAGGCGCUGCAGCUGCUGUUCCUACUGCUACCUUCGGCCAAUCGUAAUCUGCUGCGGCUGCUGCUCGAUUUACUGCACCAGACGGCACGCCGGCAGGAUACGAACAAGAUGUCGGCCUUCAACCUCGCGCUAAUGUUCUCCCCGCACAUCCUGUGGCCUCGAAAUGUUACGGCAAACGAUCUGCAGGAAAACAUUGGGAAAAUGAACAAUGCAGUGGCGUUUAUGAUCAAGCACUCGCAAAAGUUGUUUAAGGCACCAGCGUACAUAAGAAAACAAGCGAUGAUAUUUUUCCCAGAUGCGUGUUACCAUGAAUCAAAGGAUCACUUGGAAGCAGCGGCAGCGGAGGACGAACCCCCCGUGGGGCCCAAGCGUGGCCGCCUCGUGUCGAGCUCGCUCGAGCCCACGGAGAACGUGCAGCGGCGCACGGACGAGGCGAUCCGGGACCUCUUCCGGCACGUGCAAAACAUGCCCGACAGCGCCAAGAAGAAGAAGGUCAUCAAGCAGUUCAACAAGUACAGCAACGUCAGCACGCCCGUGACGGAGAACCAGGGGCGCAGCAAGAGGAGCACCCGCUCGCGCUCGUUCAGCGGCUUAAUCAGGAGGAGGGUUCUGGGCGUGCAGUUUGGAACGGACAAGAACAGCGGUAACAGCGGUGGCAGUGGCGGCACCGUGACCCCUGGCUCAGAGCUGUCCCGCCGAGUUCCGUACAGCGGCGACAUCACCCCGGGACGCACGCCGACUCCUCCGACCUCCGCUACGGCGCAGCCGUGCACGGUGGCCGCACUCCGCGGGAGGCCCAAGCGACGCUCGCGCUCCACAGACGCGAUCCACGAGGCUCGGCAGAGUGCGCCGGAGGUGCUGAAUCUGCUCAACUCGCCGCUUAUGGAGUCCUACAUUUAGCAAGAGCCAAGUGGCACCAACGCCACCGCCCCUGCAGCUUGCCUAUCGCUUUUGUGUUGAAUUUCAGAAAAUGCUUGUAUCCCAAUGUGAACAUUUUUAACCUCUUCUCCAAAGUCAAAGACGUCUCUGAUGCCAUAUUUAUAUAUGCAAUGCACUAAUUUUAACCAGGGGGGUUCAAAUGUUUUAAUGCUUUGAGGUUAUUCUUAAAAACAAAAGGUCACUAGAUAUUUACAACCACUAAUUUCUUUAUGCCGUUUGGGUUAAAAGUGAGUGUGGCAAUCGCACACUUACCAGCUGUUGGGAGCGUACUGGAAUUGAUGGGUUGAGAAAUGCGUCUCUCGAAUCCAAGUUGUCAUUCACUCCUGUUUGCAGUAUUAUUCCAGUGUUUGUGAUAAAUGCAAAUCACUUGAAUUUAGUGUGAAGGCAGUGGGGGUUGCAUUUUUUCUUCGGAAAAGGUGAGGCUUGUGGAUUUAGAGUAGAAGUCUUUAUUAACAUCUCGUAUUUUAUUCAUCGCUACUGGGCUUAAAGGCCAAAGUUGUACUAAUUGUUUACAUGUUGUUUGCUGAGCCAGUGUGAUGUGUCUUGAAUUUAUUUUGUAUUUUUUUUUUCUCAUUGGUGAUCUACCAUUGAUCUACCUAGGGCCAGGGAUUAGUUUUGUAAAGACCAAGAUAGGAAAGGAGGAUGCAUUUUAUAAUCAAAAGGUCCGAGAGGACAACAUAUAUGGUAGAUUGCCAAUAACAUUAUUUGCAUGUACAGAAUUUGCAGAGAAUGUGCAUAAACCCGUCAGUUACAAGUUAUUUAAACCACUUCUGGAAAUUAGGUCUCCAGAAGAGAUUCAUACAAAGUCUUGCCUUAUAUGCUCAUUAAUAAAUGACAAGAUUUGCA